AUGUAUAGCAACAGCUAUUCACGCACUACGUUCGGUCUAGAAGCCAAGGACAUCCACAAGUCCAAAGGGAAAAGUUGCGGUUACUACAUGAGGAUAGUAUUUUUCUUUUCUUCGUUGAUCCAGUCUCUUAUUAUAGUCAGUCUGGUGUUGUUCUUGGUGUAUGGGCAGCCAGAAAAAUCAGCGGAGGAGAAGAGGGUGGAAGAGUUGGAACAGGGUUUCAACAAACUCUCCACUGACAACAUGGGACUCCGUAAAGACAAAGCCGACCUGACGGCUUCACUGACCAAGACGACGGCAGAGAAAGAUGCGCUUGACAAGAAUGUGCAGAAGCUCACCGAUGAACUGACCAAAGCCAAAGCACUAGGCACGUCUCAGUCACAAAAAGCGGCUGUCUGUGAGGCAGAGAAAAAGAAAAUGGAGAUGACUCGUGCCACUCCAGUUCAAUGUCCAGCGACCAGCAACACUCCAAACGGGGAGCUGAAAAGCUUACAGAAUCUGUAUCAGCAGCAGAUAGAGCUCCAUAAAAUUACCAAGGCCAACUUCAGUUCCACAGUGCAGUACCUCAAGACUGACUUGGAAAAUGCAGUUAGAGCAAAGAACGAACAUUAUUUGACAUCGAUUUCGCUCAGGCAAGAAAACACCGAUUUGAAGAAUCAGCUUGAAACUUACGUCACAAAGUGCAAAGAGGACUUUGCCAAGCCACUGGAAGGUAUUCAUAUUGUCACCAGAGAAUUUUUGACCAAGAUCGAAAAUUUGUUCCCCAACGCUUUCACUUUUCACCUCACGUGUGAAAAGCAAAGGGAUGAAAUGGACAAAAUCCGUUCCAGCUGCACCAACCUGUCCAAACAAGUGGAGGACAAGUUCCAAAGUUAUCUAGACAUAGUUGGCCAGCAGGUGGUCAAUAUCCAAAGCAUUAGCAGUCGCCUGGAGGUGCAGAACACACGUCUGACCACCGAACUGCAGGAGUGCAACAAGAGUCGUUCUCUCCUAGCCACAGAAACCGCCCGUCUACAGCAGGAGACUCAGCAAAGCCACGAUAAUCAAAUAGAGAAGCUCUUGAGAGAACAGAACCGAAUGAGAGAAGCUAAAGAGCUCAUGGAGAGACAGCUAGCACAACUGAGGGCUUCACAGACCAAUUGCGCCCCUAAGUCCGCCAUGCCAAAACCAGGCGGAGCAGUCAGCGGUAGC